AUGUUCUGCUAUCGACAAUAUCUGUUCCUAGCAUCUUCGACUGCCUUGUGUGAUGCCCAAAUACUAUGGUCUUCAUCUCCAGUCACAAAUUACUCCGAUAUCAUUAAGGAAGCUAUGCCAUUCGGUCCGCCGGGGGCUGAGAAGGUCGUCCUGAAUAUCGAUUCCCUCUGGUCUGGCGGUCCUUUCGGGGCAGAUAACUGCACGGGUGGUAACGCCUCAGAGGAGAUGUCAUCCUGCCUUUCAGGAAUACGCGGUUGGAUUUUUUCAGGAUACAACCGGAAAUGUCUCUCAGUGUUAGGGAACUACAAAAGGACCUUGGACCUCGAAACUGGGAUAUACACCACACAGUUCUCUAUAAACAACGGCGACAGAUACAUAACGCAAACUUACUGCAGCGGCCCUGAUCAGGUCUGUAUCUACGAGCUCAGCUCUACUACCAUGCUACCAGUAAUUUCGCUCAAAUUGAAGAACCAGCUCGGUGUCAAUCAGGUUAGACCACCUGAAGGUAUGAAAUACGAGGGCGUGGUUAAAGUCACUGGGAUUGGAAACUACUCGACGCAUUGCAGCAAGACAAAUUCAGCUGGGAUAGGGACGCUACUGGUCCCUUCGAUUUUUGGAGUGCACUCAAUUAGCAUCGUAGAAACAUGCAGGCAGAUCACAACUGCAGCUGCUUCAAUAUCGAGCGCCGAACUUGAACAGAGACACAUAAAAGACUAUGAACUCCUAUCCGGGGCUUUCACUCUUGAGCUACAAGACCUGAAUGGCUCUGCCGCAAUGGAGACUUCUAAGAUUUUCAGCCAAUAUAAUUAUUCUCAAGGGGCUCCUUUCGUCGAAUCGCUAUUAUUCGACUAUUCUCGUCACCUUUCUCAUUUCGCUGCCGAGCAAACCUGGCUAGGGGAUAUCCAAGACGGCCUGUGGCGGUACAUGCAAGAUACUUGGGUGUUGCGAGGAACCAAGACAGCGAAGCUCCUGUAUGGCGCUCCUGGAUGGGUAACAUACGAUAAAAUGAACAUAUUUGGACACACUGUGGUGAAGGGCACCGCACAAUGGGCGUAUUAUCCAAUAUCUGCAGCUUGGAUGAUGCAGCACGUCCACGAUACUGGCUACCCCCUCCUCAAAGGUGAAGACCACUGCUGGAACGACGACACCCUCGUCGUAAACCCCUGCGACAGCCCCGAACACGGCCCCACGACCUUUGAAUGCACACACUACCAACAACUGCUCCAUAAACUCUUCACCAACGUAACCAUCCUCGACCCUCUGGCCUCCAAGCCAGAUUCUUCAUUCCGGAACAACCUCUCUAAUCCAGAAGAAACGGAAACUUACGACAUCCAAAACGACCCCCACAGACACCUCUCACACCUCUGGAGUUGGUACCUAAGUCUCUCUAUCAUCUCCUCCUCACCCCAAUAUUUCUCCGGCUACACAAACCAAACCAUCCAAACCGCCAUCGCUAAUUCCUUACAUUCCAGACGCUUCGGAAACGGACCCGAUGCAAACUCAGGCUGGGAGAAGCGAGCGUAUUUUGAGCUCAAGUAUGCGAUUAAGCUGAAUUUUGUGGGCAAUGCGUUGAGUAUGUAUAGUGAGAGAGAUAUGCCAUUUCAGAUUGAUGCGAAUUUUGGGUUCGCGGGCGCGGUUUUGAGCAUGCUAGUUGUUAACGUUGAGGAAAGGGAGGAGAAGACGGUUGUUUUGGGGUCUGUGAUAUCCCGGGAGUGGGGUAGAGGGAGUGUGAGUGGGCUGAGAUUGAGAGGAGGGCUCUACCCUGGUCAGAUUGCAUGUUAG